ACCGGCUAUCGCAAUGUCAUGUGCCUAGUCAUGUGACUAGUCAUGUGAUGUGUCAUGUGACACCCCGCGUUCAUAUGAACCGAGGCCACUGAGCAGUCUGUCUACAUCUCAGCACAUUUACAGAAGAGUGAAGAUGUCGCUGGCAUCUACGAGAAGGCUGCUGAAGGAGUUCAGAGCAGCGCAGAAGUCGAGUUCAGACAGCGAAGAGGAGCUGGUGCGGAUCAGGCCGGUGAGCGAGAACGACCUGCUGCACUGGGUUGGAUAUAUCAGAGGAAGUAAAGGGACUCUGUAUGAAGGUGGACGCUGGAAUAUCGAUAUUCAGGUUCCAAAGACGUAUCCUCUGCAUCCGCCAGAGAUCAAGUUCAUCACCCCGAUAUGCCACCCAAAUGUCAACUGGAAGGACGGCCUGGUAUGUCUAGACAUCCUCAAAGGCCAAUGGACAGCGGCCUGGACCCUGCAGUCUGCUUGCAUGGCGAUCCUCGUCCUGCUAUCUGAUCCGGAACCCAACAGUCCUCUGAAUGUCGAUAUCGCAAACCUGGUUCGUAGUGGUGACGAAGAGGCAGCUGCCAGUCUGGUCCAUUACUUUACUGCAAAGUAUGCUUCAACAUAGUCAAGCUACUGUAUAUAGUUACAACUACUCGUAAUAAUGAAUAAUGAUUAUAAUUCAAUCAAC